AUGGGCAGCAGCCAGAAGGUCCAGGAGCAGGAUAGAAUGGAGGGGACAAAACUCUGGAGGUGGCCACAUCUGCUGCUGCUCUUGCUACUGCUCUAUGUCUCAGGGUCCCACGCAAUAAACAUAAGGGAGGAGCAAGAGUGCCUGAUAGAAGGAGAAAACCUGACUGUGACCUGUCCUUACAAUAUCAUGAAAUAUGCCUCCAGCCCGAAGGCCUGGCAGCGGGUGAGAAGUCAGGGUCUCCCUGAGACGCUGCUGCAAGUGGAAACCAGAAACAUAGAGGUAAAACGAGUCCAGGCAGGAAGGUACCUGCUGGAGGAUAUUCCCUAUGAAGCCGUCAUGAAGGUCACAGUGACAGGACUCCAGAGGCAGGACGAGGGGUUAUACCAGUGUGUGAUCAGCAGCCCUCCUCAGGACCUUAUUCUGCAUGUUCGAAUUCGUCUGGUUCACUGCAGUGGUCCUUCAGAUUCUGGCAACUUGAAGAACAAUCCAACACAGGCCUUGGUUGAGACAACCACACUCCCUUUGGUCAUCUCCAUGAAUCCACAAAAACCAUAUCCUAUGUCCAGGACUGUGCCCCCACUCAAACCCACUGCCAUUAUCUCCUCUCCUGGUCUCAGCAUCAACUCCACAAAUGUGAGGGGUGUCAUCAGGGUCUCCAUAUUCAGCAUUGUUGUUCCCGUGGUGUGUGGAAUCCUGGGCAAGAGUCUGGUCUUCAGUAUCCUGCUUGUUGUCACACGGAGGUCCACGAACCACUGA